AUGAACGUGACCCAACAUCCCAUCUCCUUUCAUGUCCUCGACACAGUCAACGGCACCACCGGAGCCGGGCUCUCCAGCGUACUUACUCUGGUGAACUACAAACUCCCCAGCGGCUCCGGCAACAGUUCGUUCUCUCCUAGCAUUCGGGGAACGCAGUAUCAUGCCGUCACGGACAGCGAUGGCCGCGUGAGAGUAUGGAAGCCCACCAACUCAUCUUCGCCCAGUCUUCCGGAGCUCUUCGCGUCGUUUCCCGUUGCAACCACGGCCGGCGGGCCCUCGACGCAGUCGACUUGGAAUAUCAAGGUGGAGAGUGUUGAUGAUUGGUAUGGGGAGCGGGGAAUUAAAUGUUUCUGGCCUGAAGUGAGUGUCAGUUUUAUCGUGGAUGGAAAGCCGGGAGAACCGAACUGGAAACACUAUCAUGUUCCCAUGCUGCUUGGGCCCUGGUCCUAUUCGACAUACCGCGGGUCCUAG